AUGGGAGAAGCGAAGAGGAACUCUUCUUCUUCUUCUUCGAACAGUGACGAGGACAUACAAGCACAAGUGGCCAAAGCGGUGGAGGAUGUGAAGGAGCUUCAGGACUCAGCUGCUACCUUCAUCUCCAGAACCUCCACUGAUGAGCAAGCCCUUCGCCAGCGAUCCCAAUCUCUCGAUUCCUCCAUUCGCCGCCUAAGGUCCCAGCUUUAUUCUCUGCUCUCCAGCAAGGCCUUGGAUCCCAAGUUAGCAGAAAAGGCGAGUUCUUUCAUCCCCUUUCUCGUUUUCAUUUGCUCCUGCUGCUUGUGCAUGUCUAUGCAUGCGAACCCAACAUCAGAAUUUGCUCAAUUAGCUUCUUUCAUGGAUCCAUUGAUCACCCUUUUUCUGGAAGAAGAUUUGCAGAGGGCUACAUGUGUGUUGGCGGAUGGUGAUGCCGCUUCAUUUCUUCCUGGCAAAGCUCAGGGAGGGAGGUUUCUGAGGAUGUUUCUUGGUCCUAUAACCGUGCGUUCCUCUAGCAAAGACAUCCAACUCAAGGUUAAAGAGGAAUACAAUGCUUACAGAGAUAGAACUGCCCUGCUAUUCCUUCUUUUUCCAGCAACACUACUUAUUCUGAGAUCUUGGCUUUGGGAUGGAUGCUUGCCAACAUUCCCAGUUCAGGCUUACCAGGCAUGGCUGUUAUUCCUCUACACCGGUUUGGCAUUGCGAGAAAACAUACUAAGAGUAAAUGGAAGUGAUAUUCGUCCAUGGUGGAUAUACCAUCAUUAUUGUGCUAUGUUUAUGGCCCUUGUUAGUCUCACAUGGGAGAUCAAAGGACAACCAGAUUGUUCCCAAAAGCAGAGAGGCGUCCAACUUUUCCUACAAUGGGCUAUGAUGCAAGGAGUUGCUAUGCUUUUACAGAAUAGAUAUCAACGCCAGAGACUCUAUACUCGAAUUGCGUUGGGAAAGGCCAAAAGAAUGGAUGUUGUCUGGGGAGAAACAGCUGGUGUAGAUGGUCAACUGUGGCUUCUAUGUCCAAUACUGUUUAUAUUGCAGGGUUUUGAGGCAUAUGUUGGACUACAAUUGCUUAAGACUGCUUUGGUUGGCGUUGCUUCUGAAUGGCAGGUAAGUUUUUGCGGCGUACUGCUAGUUUUGAUGGCAGUUGGGAACUUUGUAAAUACGGUACAGACGCUUAUGGUGAAGUCAAGGUUUAAGGCAAAGAUGAAAAGAACUAAGAGCAAGCAGGAUUUGUAG